AUGUCGUACCGCAACGAACGCACGUAUCGCAACGGCAACGGCACCAGCAACGGCUACGGGAACUUCGGGCGCCAGCGAGGAGGAGAGGACGAUUAUGAUCCCUUCGGUGAGGGCUACAGCAGCGAUCGAUAUGGCACACCGCCGCCGCAAGCCCGCCCGCCUCCUCGCGCCGCCGCGCGCCGAGCAGCUGAGCAGCAGCAGCAGCUACCCACGCGCGAGCGCGGUUACGAGACGAAUGCCGAGAAACAGAUAGGCCAGGUCCUGGAGCACAUCAAGAGCGAGUGGCCGGCAAUGUGCCAGACGGACUGCGUGCCCGUGCAACUUGCUCUGCAGCUGCUGGACAGCAGUUCCGUCGGGCGCGCCCACGAGUACCGACAGUUCCAAAAGACGCACACGUACCUGCAGGACAGCCUCAAGGGCAUCGUGCACGACUACCAUCAGGGUUUCAACAGCUCUAUCGGCACUUUUCACAAGAUUCAGGGCAGCAUCCAGGCGUCGCAGCGCAAGGUGCGCGCGCUCAAGGACGGGCUUGCCGCCAGUCGCACCAGCCUGUGCGCCACCGACCCGGAGCUCAAGAAACUGUACAAUACAAGCCAGAUGUACGAUGAUUUACUACAGACGCUGGGAGAGCUAGAGGAGUUGCGAGGCGUCCCUGACCAGCUCGAGGCACGUAUCAGCGAGAAGCGGUUUCUUACUGCCGUCGAGGUCCUCCAGAACGCGCUGCGGAAGCUGAGGAAGCCGGAACUUGAUAACAUCGGGGCCUUGAGCGAACUUAGAAGCUACCUGGCGAACCAAGAGACGGCCUUGAUGGAUAUUCUUGUGGAAGAGUUACAUGAACAUCUAUACCUAAAGUCACCAUAUUGUCAGGAGAGAUGGCAGAACCUAUCCAAACACCAAGGCGCAUUUAACGAUGCCUAUAGCGACAACUCAGCACUAGUGCCUUUCUUUACGGUGCUAGACUCGAUGGAUUUCGAAAACCCAGUACAAGAGGACCCAGCUCGGAACCCCGAGUCCGACACAUUCUACUAUAUCUCGCUUCUGGUUGAGUCUUUGAAUAAGCUAGGCCGUCUGGAGACAGCUGUAGACACUCUUAAACAGCGACUUCCGGUAGAGCUGUUCGGCAUCGUGAAUGAGACGAUCAAUGAGAUUGACCAGAAACACCCUAGCUCUUUGAGAGGAGUGUCAUCGGGUACUCAUGGGCUGCACAUCUAUGGUAGCAGGGAGACACAGAUGAGGGCCGAUGUCAUCUAUGAUCUAUUAUGGACUUUGUACGGCAAAUUUGAGGCUAUCGCCGAAGGCCACAGACUCUUUCACGAAUACAUCAAGGCACUUAUUCGCCGAGAGGGAGCAGGCAACAACAGCGCACUGCUUGGUAGCUUCAAGGAGUUGUGGAACCUGUACCAGAACGAGAUUCGUUCUCUCCUACACAAUUAUGUGACGACAGAUGCAGAUGUGUAUCAAUUCAACUCACCUAGGCCCGGAGGCGGCAUCAAUGGGAAGAUGGAUGUCUCCAGAGACCAUCUUUUCCGUUUCUCUGAGGCGGACUCCAAGUCUGUGGAAAUGGUCACGGAAUAUGAAGCACUUGAUGGUAUCAUACGAGCGGCUGUGCCCGGCCUUACAGCUAAUCAGCGCAAGGGACAAGGCACGGAUAAGAAAGCUUCGUUGAUUGGCAAAGACCCAAUAGGCUCUAGGAAAAGCAUGGGCCCCAGCUUCGACAAUCGUAAUCAAAAAGAUGGGACAUACAAGUCGCUUGUCGAGCCGAGCGUUUUUAACAUGAGCUUGCUCCUGCCUCCAACCCUUGUCUUCCUCCAAAGGUUGAAGAGCAUCGUUCCUCCUGGCUCGGACUUGGCCACGAGCACGCUGACAUCAUUCCUGGAUAACUUCCUGGUCAAUGUCUUCCAGCCACAAUUGGAUGAGACCCUUGGCAAGCUAAGCGAUACUGUAUUUGGCGAAGCAGACGCUUUCCAGCAAGAUUCAGACUGGGUACACGUUGCGCGGAAGCCGAUUUUUAAGGGGACAACAUCCUUCUUUGCUGUUGUUGCAGCUUUCUGCCGGAUGCUGGGAACCAUUCCUCACGACCAGGCCCUUAGUGCCCUCAUUAUCACACAAAUGAUGAGGUACUACGAUAGGUGUUUUGGAUGGUACAAAACCCUGGUUACCAAGACGCAGGAGAAUGCAUCAGAACCUCAAUCCUUGAGAGCUUCAGCCGUAAUGGCAAGCGAUUCUAGUGAGAUCAACGAGACGAUGAAGAAGCUCUGGUCAUCAGAGAAUCUGGAUCUGAAUCUGCUAGAGAAGGAAGUCGCGCUUUUGAUUACGCAGACCAACGAGAAAGCUCUGGAGAUGAGCGACAUCAUUUCAGAUCGUGACACCAUCUCAUCUUUGUGCCUCUUAUAUACUAGCAUGAAGUGGCUAGCAGUUAAGGUUCAAGGAUUGCGGCACAUUACAAGGCAAGAUGCGGACUCCUCGCGAUCAAGCCUCCCGAAACCGGAAAAGCGACGAUGGACUCUUCUCAAUGAUCCAAAUAAGGCUACGGCGGAGGAUGGACCCGUGUACCUCCCGAUGACGCAGGAAACAGUCCAGUCAUUCGACGGCAUUGUAUCCUCUUAUGAAGAGCUUGCCGCAACUGCACUCCUCACUCUACACAUGGAAGCCCGGUGCCGCAUUGUGUACUCACUGCACGUUGUCUUGUCUCCGCUGACCGCGCCGUAUAUUCUCGAGCAGGAUGUCAACGAACCUGAUCCACAAGUCUUGUCAUUGAACUCAGAGCUGGUGUCAUACGAUGAGACAGUCGUGCGUUUCCUCCGCGAGCGCGAAGCUUCAUUCAUUCGCACCGGUUUCGGCCUGCUCAUCAACUCAUAUCUGGUCAGCAACGCGCCGAUGACGAGCCCAAUGAAUGCCAAGGGCUGCGGCCGCAUGCAGCUCAACAUUCUUGUGCUGCAGCAAAACCUCAAGAACAUCGAGGCGGGUGUGGACCUCGCGCGCGCCGCGAACUACUUCGCACUAUUUGAUAAAGGACCUGACGCUAUUGUUGCCAAGGCCAAGGAGGACAGUGGGAAGGAGGGAGGUUCGGAUCCGGACCGCUUCACGUACGACGAGCUCAAGGCCCUUGUCGAGCUGUGUUAUAGCGAACAGCUAGCAGAUCCGGAGAGGGGAAUUGCAGCUCAGGCAAAGAGGCAGAUGGCGGAUAAGAUGCUACAACUAUCGGAGCAUAUGUGGCAGAGUUAA